CUAAAAAGCAAGAUGGCGAUUUGGGGGCAGAUGAAGCUGUGAGGGUAUAGUAGAUAGUGAUAGUACCAUCAUGACGAUAGCUAUUGGGUUCGAAGGGAGUGCAAAUAAGCUAGGCAUUGGUAUUGUAAGAGAUGGCGUUGUUCUUUCGAAUGUACGAACAACUUACAUCACUCCACCUGGACAAGGUAGGUCUGCAUGAACCGAGCACGCGGUAAAGUUUUACUUUUAUCGUUUGUUCUUCCUUUAUCCGACCUCAGCUACUCUAUAUCUCAAUUUAGGGUUCUUACCAAGAGACACGGCGAAGCAUCACCGAGAAAAUAUCAUUGAUAUAUUAAGAAGGUACAGAGAAUUGGUCACUGAAACAUGCAGUUUGUAGUUAAGAGUUCAGUAGGUCCUGCUCUAUAGCUAAGGUUGUGUUUUACAUUUAGAUCUUUAAAAGAGGCCAACAUCAAACCUCAGGACAUAGAUUGUGUCUGUUACACUAAAGGUGAGCUGUUAUAAAUAUGUUGCCCUAAAUAUUCUUAAAGAAGAUCAUCAUACGGAGUCGAAGUAGAAGUCUUGACCAGAGUUAACGAAGGUCUUCUUUAGUAAAUAUGAAAACGUAGUAAGAAUUCUAACUCAAAUGCUCUAACUCUAAGCUGAUUGGCUUAGUCAGCGGAGUGAGUAGCCUAAAAGUGUGAGGUUGUAAACAGAAACAAAAGUUGGACAAAUAUUGGAUUUAGACAAAAUCAAUUAUCAUUUUAUAUUGAUUUUUAUACUUCACUCUCUUCAACUAUCAUGUAAUAGAAAUUUCUAGCUCAUAAUAUAGUUUUAAUUAGAUUAAAUUUUAUUGACUGUUUGACCCCUAAGAUUGACCAGCUUCUUAUUUCAAUAUCACUCUUGAAUCACUCAGUAAUGUCACAAGAAUAAAGGAAAAGAUCACCGACUCAAGAAGCUUUUGAUUGUAAAGCAAAUUUUCCUUGUCUGCACGUUUGAAAGUGUGAGAAGAACAAUAUGGAGAAUAUACAUACUGAUGGUAGGUUGGAAAGGGUUAAUGUUAAUCAUUUGGUGUUCAUUUUAGGUCCAGGCAUGGGUGCACCUUUGGUGUCUGUAGCAGUUGUUGCAAGAACAGUUGCACAACUUUGGAAAAAGCCUAUGGUGGCUGUUAACCAUUGCAUAGGGCACAUUGAGAUGGGACGGCUGGUAACAGGUGCUGUCAAUCCUACUGUUCUUUACGUCAGUGGUGGAAACACUCAAGUGAUUGCAUACUUGGAGCGACGAUAUCGUAUUUUUGGAGAAACCAUUGAUAUUGCUGUUGGGAACUGUUUGGAUAGAUUUGCAAGAGUCCUUAAGGUAAAAAUUUUGUCAUUGUAUGGCUGGUUUCAAGUGUAGGAAAGAUGUAGUGAAUUCUGUAUCCUAAUUGACUAUCCAAGCUCAUCUUGCCACAGUUAUCCCAAGCUCACUUUCUCGAGAGAAAGCAAACAAUUUUUCUUGAAUUUUAAAAUUCAUGAAAGGGUCACACAUUGAGUGACAUGGUGUUAAGUUAAAUGAGGAACCAUUGAGAAUUUGAACACAUAAUAAGGAAUAGUAUAGGGAACAAAAUAUCGUCAAUUUACAACAGUAAAUAUUUCAAAAUAUCAUUUUACCCAAAAUUAAUGAAACAUACUCACAUCUUGUGUAUCCAUUGUGGUUUCUGGUAUUCUCUGCCAUUUUAAGCUUGCUAUGCCAUCACUAUUCCUGUUAAAAGACAAAGUCAAGGCUGCACACUACAAUUUGGACCAUUUUUCACAUGGAGGUGGUUUGCAUCCAGAAAAUCCUCCCGAUCAGCAUUUUUGUCAGCCAAAGUUUACGAUAUAAGAUUAUUACACCCUGGGACAUGUCUCAAUAACAAAACUCCCCCUGUAUCAUGCUGAAAACAAUUGUUUCCUACCAGCAUUUCCAAGUUUGCUUCUCUCUGGCCAUGCCCUUCAUGGCCAGAUGGGAUGCUUCACAAAUUAAUCAUUUGCUUUUUCUCAAGUUGUGACCUUGGGACACCUGUGACCUUGCCUGUACAGCAUAUUCUGCUUUGAUUCCACAGGAAUAAAAAAUUGUGUGGCUAGUUUAUGUAUUUCAUAACUCUCCAGGAACUUUACAGUACAGUUAGAAGGAAAAUCACUUUUUGGUCAGUUUUAAUUUAACAGCAGUGGAAUAAAAAAUUAAGUCUUUAAGAGCAUCACAUCAUAUCAAAAUUAAAUGCCAUACUAUAAAUCAGUUAUUAUCCAAGCUUGAUCAUGGCCAUAAUUAAAAAUUAAAUAGUCCAAAACCAGUUUGUGUCAUCAUUGAGUUAGAAAAAUUAUUCAUCUUACAUUUCAGCUUUCAAAUGAUCCAAGCCCAGGAUACAACAUAGAACAAAUGGCAAAGAGGUGAACCUUGAUUUAUAGAAACUUGAAGUACAGAAGCAGAAGAUGUAUGUGUUGAAGUUCACAGUGAAUGUCAGUUCAAUAUGAGUGUUUUUUAAAACUUGUUUAAGUUGUUUUCACCUUUUUUUUAGUUCCUUGAUAGUAAUGUUAAGCUCAAUUUUUUUAUUCAGGGGAAAAAAGCUCAUUGAAUUACCUUACACAGUGAAGGGAAUGGAUGUAUCAUUUUCAGGAAUUUUAUCAUACAUUGAAGUAUGUCUGUUUUUAUGAAUGUUGCGUUUAAUUUCAAGUCUGUUUCUCACUAACUGCUAUUCAUCAAUUUUCUUAACUUGUUGAGGGAUAUUGAUCUUAUUAGAGAUACUGUCUGAAUGCUAACUUAACUGUAACUGUCAGUGAUACUUUUUUGUGUUUUGUGUUAGAGUAUGGCACCCAAAUUACUUGAAUCAGGAGAAUGUACACCAGAGGAUUUGUGCUUCUCUCUUCAGGUAAGGGAGAUAAACUGAAUAAUAAACCUAGCAACACAAGUAACAGCACUAAGUUAAACAACAAACUUGUGGGAUUAGAAGUUGUUUUAACUCAACGAAAUGCUUAGAACAGGAUAUUCAGCCUGCAUCAGUUCUUUCAAUACAUGACAAGAGUGUCACAGUGUAUUUUACAUUUUUAACCCUUUACACCCUAACAUCAGUUUACCUCUUCUCCAUAUUGUUCUCUCUACAUUUUCUAAGAUGCAGAAAUUUAAGGAGAAUUUGUGCAUCAAUCAAGAGCUAUAGUUGGUGAUCAUUUCCUUUAUUCUUGCAACCUUAAUUCUCAAGUCAGGGGUGAUGUUGUAAGGAGAAACUAGAUGCUAGUCAAUUCUUGGCCUUUUCAAGAAAACACUGGAAAGUUGAUGAUGAUUUAUCAAAAACACAUUCGUGUAACAGAGAGAGUUAUAUGAGAGUAAUCUUAGUGUUAACUCAUUUUUUCCUCAGGAAACAGUUUUUGCCAUGCUCAUUGAAACAACAGGUGAAUUUAUACUUUACAAUUGAUUGUUAAUUAAUAGUAUUUAUGUUUUGGCAUAAAAAGAAUAAGUUGAGAUUCAGAGAAGACGCAAAUUCAUUGAUUCCUCCUCAGUCUAUGUCCAAGUGAUUUUAAAUCAUUCACUCCACCUGUUACUUAAUAGACAAUUGCCUUUCAGUUCAAUGUAUGGGAAACCAUAAAGUAUUAGUUUCAUUUGAUUUGGUAAUUUAUAGUAGAGAGAGACAGAAAUGUAACAAAGAUUGUAGGAAACGGAGAUCUUAAACAACUGACUAUCAAAAGUUAGGCCUAAGAAGAAGGAACCAUGAAGAAGCUAUGUUAUUAAGACUUGGCAAUUUGUUAUUAGUUUAGUAAUGAACAUGGCAUUUCUCUCAGAAUUUAAGUCAGUAAAGCAUAGUUUGCCUGUUUUAUAACUUUUAAUUUUUCAGAAAGAGCAAUGGCUCACUGUGGGUCCAGUGAGGUUCUUAUUGUUGGUGGAGUGGGAUGUAAGUGAUAUUUGUGUCUUGCAAUUUAUUGGUUGCUAUGAGAACAUCUGAUCUGAAAGUAUUUUCUCCAUUUUCUUUGAAUCUGAGUUUUCCUUUAUAUAGGUUAUAUAUAUAUAUAUAUAUAUAUAUAUUGUAUCAAGUAAAUACUUACCCAAAUGUACAAUCUGCCUUAAUCCACUGAUCUUGGGUAUUCAUUCUUUUGUUUAGAAAAUGAACAUAGACACAAAUCUGACUCUAAGUGAUAGCUCACAUCAUUUUAACAAUGUUUUCAUCAGACAUGAUAUGAUAAGUUGAAUUAUACAGACAUUUUGAUUUGUGUUUACCUACAUGAAUGAUCUGUUGGAGGACAGACAUGCAGAUAGAUGUCACCAUCAACAACAUUUUGUUUUUUUAUGAUAUGAAACAAAUAGAUUCUUUGUUGCCAUAGGUGUGCCACUUUUCUUGGUUCUUUCCACAUUUUGACAUCAUCUGUGAUUUAUUACCAAACAGAUUUACCAUAAAAUGAAAUGUUUUUGUUGUUAAAUAUACACCUAGGGCAUGUGGUACUGGAACAGAUAUAGUUUAAUUAUGAUAAUUUUUAAGUGGCGCUUAUACUUUUCUUCUGUUCAUGCAGGCAACAAGAGAUUACAAGAAAUGAUGGGUAAGUUCAGAUGGUCACAAGCACUGGCAAUUUAUCUGUUUUACAGUUUAUUUAAUUGGGUGAAACUAGGUACAAUCUGUUCAGGACAAGCCAGAAUAUUCCCAUGAUGGAGUUAGUAUGGUAUACCCUAAAAGAAAGUUGUAAGAGUGACCAGCAUCUAAUUUCUCCUUACAGUAAUACCACUGAAUUAUUCAUUAAGAUAAUGAGAAUAAAGGAAAUGAUCACCAACCUUAGAAGCUUUGGUUGUAAGUGAAUUCUCCAUGUUAGUACCAAAGGAAAUUUAUAGAAUGUAGAUACUGAUGUUAGGGCAUAAAGGUUACACUGUACGACUUCCCUUUUGUGUACUAGAUCAUUGGUCUUAGUUCAAAUUCUUAUCAUUUAAUAGUUGUUUCAUCAGAAUGAUGACAAUGAUUUAUUGAUUUAUGUCAGGUGUGAUGGCUAAAGAAAGGGGAGCUAAACUUUAUGCUACUGAUGAAAGGUAAUAUUUUGUAUUACUUGAGGAAUCAUUUACUAAAUACAUGUAUUUCAUAACUGAGCCAAUGGACAAUUGAAAGUUCUUAACCCUUCAACUCCCAAAAGGGAUUAGCUUGAAAUUUCUCCCAGUAAUAUCCAGACAUUAUCCUGCUAACAGGUAACAAGAAUACUCAAACUUAUUGGUUAGAAGUUGUUAUCUUGAUCUAACACAAAAUUGCUGUCACUAAUUUAAAAGAAAAUGUGUAGCAGUUCUAAUCUGAAGUAUUCUGUUUGUGACAAGUUGGGAAAAGGGGUGCUGAUUUUAGGUCUGUGGAAAAAGGCUUUAUUUUAAAUAGCACAGAGUAUAAACUAGCCAAGUUUGAAAUAGCUAAGCUAGACUUUCUUUCCUUUUUCAGGUUCUGUAUAGACAAUGGGGUAAUGAUAGCACAAGCUGGCUGGGAGAUGUUCCGUUCUGGGUGUGUCACUCCCUUAGAGGAAACCACAUGUACACAGAGGUAAGUGCUAAAAGGGCAGGUCCACAUAGUUUUGUUUGAUUAGUCUUAAAAAGACAUUAGUUUAUUCAAACCUACAAGUAAAGCUCAUGAUUAAGUAAAGAAGAGGAGAGUUCUGCAAAAAUUGAUUUCUAGUUGAUAUCAUUAUCUCUGAUUGCUCAAUGAAAAAUGGUAUUCAACUUGGGUUCAUUUUCUGUUGAACUCCCAUAUUUGUGAUUACAAGAUUUGACGUCCCACCCCCAUUUCUUUCUUCCUUUAAAGGUCAUGUUUUAAAUGAAACACUUACUGUUUCCCAAAGAUCUUUGAAACUCAAUGUUUGACUAAGUUCAAUAUUCUCAGUUGGAUUUUUUGCAAAUGACUUGACUCAACAGGUACAGAACAGACGAAGUUGAAGUGACAUGGAGAGAUGACAGCUAAUUCACAGUAACACAUGUUGGCAUAACGCAGUCUUAUACACAUGUAUCUCUGCACUGUAUGAAGUAAUAGGCAUGAAGAAGGAAAUUAAAUUCCUCCAUAACACUCAACUCAACCAAUUUGCCAUCUUUCCUAGAGUGUUUACACAUACGUGCCAACAUUGCUGAUCUCAGCAGCAUGUGAGAGGCAAGUUGCAUCAUUAUUUCCAGGGUGUGAUCAGUGGAGAUAGUGCAUCAAACCUUUCUUUUCUGCCAUCUUCCUUUAAGGAAAGAUUUGACUGAAAAGAUUUGUAAAUUAUCUGAAAAACUCACGAUAAGGUACAGUUCACUGCUUAGUGUGUAAGAGAGGGCAGAGAUUGUAAUUUGCCAGUGGCAACAUUUUUGAAAGAUUCCAAUGUAGCCCUUAAACUCUCAAGAUCUGUUUGUUAAUUCUCCCUAACCCCCCCCCCCUCCUUGACUGCUGUUCAUUUCCUUGUAAAAUAGUUUCAAGAAUUUGGUGUUAGAUCAAGAUAAAAAAAUUUUACUUGAUAAGUUUUGAGUAUUCUCAUUACCCGUUUGCUUGAAAACGUUUUGAUGUUAUAGGGAGAAGCUACAUGUUAAUCCCUUAUGGGAGUUUUAGGGUUAAAACAUAUGGCAAACAAUUAGACUCUUAGAAUGUUUUUUAAAAUGUCAAUAAAGAAUUUUCUGAUGUGAUAAGUAAAUGUUUAGUUGAAAUGUUUAUGAGAUAGAAGAGGGUGGGG